CAAGGACGAGGCGCGGGUCGCCCUCCGGGUGGUGGCACAUGCAUUAGGGAUUGAAGAACUGCAGCGGCUCUCAGCUGCCGACCUGCUUACUGUUUUGAUUAUGGAGCUGCCGAACCUAGAGCAUUGCAGCUUGCAAGUCGGCCCAUAUCACGAUCAGAUCGUUCGCUCUGCGGGGCUACGCGCGGCCGGGAUUUUCACGCCUGUCUCUCAGGACCCUCGACGUUUCUUUGGGAGCUACAGCAUGGGAGGCGCAUUACUAGAGUCUAUUUUACCUGCGAGUGCUCUCUUAAACAUGUCUGCAGGUCUAGAAACACUCAAUCUUCACAUGUGUAAGGGCAUUUCGCGCCGGGCUCGAUUUCCCUCCCUGCCGAAUCUCAAGACUCUCCGUCUUACAUUCAGCAGGGCUUGCUUUCGUCUUGUAACAGCUUACGCAGCUUUUUUUUUUUAUGAGGCCACUAAUUUCCCCUUUACUGGAUAUAACAGUUCCUGCGACUGCAGCGAUCACUUUCAGUUGUCAAAUGCGGUGCGAUAUCUCAGCCGCCAACCGCGCAACACUUGAAUCGCUGCAUCUUGACCUUCAGAAGCGGGUUCACACCCAAGACGGCCCAGAGCCCCUGGCUAUCUUCUGCUUUGGAGAGUUCACUGCGCUGAAACAUUUGUUUCUUAACUUGGACGAGUUCCACAACUCCUCGUCCAACUUCUUCCCCUGGCAUCACAUCGCUACAUCUAGCGGGCCAUAUCACGGAUGAGCUUCCUCGUCUGGAGGAAAGCCUUCUGGGCCUUGCUCACGCGGCUUCGAGCGGCCAAUUCCCGAGGCUG